AUCGGUUUGCAGUUUCGACUGAUAUCAAUAGCAGAAACGGAGCCGGGAUCACUAAAAGUAAAGUUUCAUCUUACUGGAUUGAAACCAUAUACUAAUUAUACCAUCUGGUGUCGAUCGGUUGGAGUCAAUGGUGACGUUUCUCCUUCAACGAAACCAUUUCAUUUCGUUACUGAACAAGAAGCUCCCUCAUCGCCACCCCUGAAGAUUCAAGCAUCUGCCAUUUCGAAUGCAGCCGUGUCGGUGACUUGGGAACAGCCAUUGCAAACUAAUGGUCCAAUCACCGUAUGGUUUCUUAUUAAUUUUUGCGAAAUCCACUUUUAA